CCCUCUACUUUGGAGUCUCAAACAGUCUGGCCUUCUAGCUAGAAAUCUGCAGCAGGGGAUGGCCCAUUUAAAAGCUGACCUAUUUAAAACCCAUGAGCACUGAGAAAAAGAAAAAACACGGGGUCAAUCUGAUUUGAGUCUUCUUUUCUAUGCAAGGCUGGAACCUGAAAACUAAAUUGGUCAGGGACUGACAAGGUCGAAACCAAAGCUACACAUAUUUAUUGAAGUCUUGUUCAGUGGAAAAAGAAAACCAAGGGUUGAGGUUAGCGGAGGGGAAAAAUCAAAACAAGGUGUGGAUGUAAAAUCGAGAGGGUGUGUUUUGGGUGCACCAUCUUAGUUCUCCAAAAUGUCGAGAGGCCUCGUAUGUUCCACGAGCAGACAGCCGAGGUAAUGGGUCUGCUGGCCUGCCUUUGUUCUUAUUGUUGUGCCUUGACGGGACACAGCAGUAAAGGUGAGUAUGGAUCAAGAAGGAAAGUGGCUUUUUCCACAGCGGGGGCUGCUCUAAGUAUUAUUUCAUUUAACCCAGCCCUAGGUGACAGGCACUCUUGUCAUUUUGCAGGGAGCUUGGGAGAGGUGAGAUGAGCAAGCAAGUGGAGAGUGGACCUGAGCCAGGUCUAUCUGGACUCCAGAGACUGCCUUCUGUCCACCUCCCCACCUUGCCUCAGGAAGUGCUGGAAAAAGAAAGAGCAGUUCUCAGUCAGCUUCCUUCUCUCCGAUUCUGGCCUUCAGAGGGCUCUGUUUGAGGCCCAAGCUGUCCAUUUAAAUCAGGGCCAGCUUCAUGGGCAUGUGACCUGCACAGUCCCACAGGGCCCCGUGCUUAGAAGGGCCCUGGUCUUGGGUUUCAUGCGCUGUUCUCCCUGUCUUGGAAUUCUUAAUGAUUUUUGAGGAAGGGGUCUCACAUUUUCAUUUUCACUGGGCCCUACAAAGUAUAUGGCCAGUCCUGGCUUUGAUGUGGAGUGUGUCACCUUUCUUGGUCUUUCUAGGUCCUCAGUAUGCCCGUCAUCUCUGGGGUGGAGGCAUUUGAAAAAUGUGGUUUCAGCCUCAGGCCUACUAGCUGGUACACCGGACUGUUGUUUACCAGCUGUUCGUCUCCUCCUAGCCAGUCACUGUACCUCCUGCUCACUGUCGCCUGCCUCUGUGUCCCCUCAGCAUUGGCCCAGGUGAAAGAGCUUAUCCUGGACAACUGUCGGUCUAAUGAAGGCAAAAUCAAAGGCCUCACAAAUGAAUUUGAAGAACUGGAGUUCUUAAGUACAAUCAACGUAGGCCUCACCUCAGUCGCAAACUUACCAAAGUUAAACAAACUUAAGAAGCUUGAACUAAGCGAUAACAGAAUCUCAGGGGGCCUGGAAGUAUUGGCAGAAAAGUGUCCGAACCUCAUGCAUCUAAAUUUAAGUGGCAACAAAAUUAAAGACCUCGGCACAAUAGAGCCACUGAAAAAGUUAGAAAACCUCAAGAUCUUAGACCUUUUCAAUUGUGAGGUAACCAACCUGAACAACUACCGACAAAACGUGUUCAAGCUCCUCCCACAACUCCGGUAUCUCGAUGGCUACGACCAGGACGAAAAGGAGGCCCCCGAUUCAGACGCCGAGGGCUUUAUAGAGGGCCUGGACGAUGAGGAGGAGGAGGAGGAUGAGGAAGAUUAUGAUGAGGAUGCUCAGCUAGUGGAAGAUGAAGAGGAUGAGGAAGAAGAGGACGAAAGUGAAGAGGAGGACGUGAGUGAAGAGGAAGAGCAGGUCUGUGGCCCGGGGGCACUUCUGAUGUCUGGCGUGCAUCUUCUCUCCUCCGAGGAUGAAGAAGGUUAUAACGACUGGGAAGUAGACGAUGAGGAAGAUGAAGAACAUCUUGGUGGUAUGGCAGCCUUUUUACUCUUGGCUGAAGAAGAAAGGGGUCAGAAGCGAAAACGAGAACCUGAAGAUGAGGGAGAAGAAGAUGACUAAGUGGAUAACCUAUUUUGAAAAAUUCCUAUUGUGAUUUGACUGUUUUUACCCUAACCCCCCCAAAUCCUGCCCCCGAAACUUAUUUUUUUCUGAUUGUAACGUUGCUGUGGGAACGAGAGGGGGAAAGUGUA